AUGUUGGAUCUCAAUGAUAUGGAUUGCAUUCUUCCGAAAUUAUAUUUGGGAAACGAGCUUGCUUCACAAGACAUUGCCAUGCUCUCUGAAUUUUCCAUAACUCAUAUUCUUCAAAUCAAGGACACACGGCAGCAACAGACUCAACAAACGUCAUCGGAAUGCAACAAUAUUCAAUACAUGACCAUUUAUUUGGAUGACAAUUCAGACGAAGACAUUUUGUCACACAUCCCAAAGUGUGUUGAAUUUAUUUCUCAAAUUAUGGAGAGUGGAAAGGGAUCUAUACUGGUGCAUUGCACGAUGGGUAUUUCCAGAUCUGCAUCCAUAGUGUGUGCCUUUUUGAUGAGACAUUUGAAUAUUUCUGCUGAUCAUGCAUUGAACAUGAUUCGAAAGGUUCGUCCAAUGGUUCAACCCAAUCAAGGAUUUUUAAAAGCUCUUCAAGAAUAUGAGCAAUUAUUGUUGAGAAAUAACUAA